CGCAGAUUCGUCAUGAGACUGCCGGCAGCUAGGAUGAGACCGCCCGCUGCAUCUCCGAGGCAGGACGUGCCCGUUCUCGAGCGGCCAUCCCUCCCUGGGCUCCUCUUCGACUCUGAUCACGAUGGCGGCAGGCGCAGUGUCAGCCGCAGCACACUGUCGACGUCGACUGAGGGUGGCGGGGAGUACCCAAUGCAGCGGUUUGGGAGGGGAGUGAUGCCUCGCAAGCUGACGUGGGACAUGGAGUCCCUAUUCGAAGACUCCCGUCGCGGCGAUGAUGGUCUCAAGAGGCCGCCCCAGCCCGCCCAGCACAAGAGAGCCGCCAGCCCCAAAAAGCCGCCCCUCACACCCAGGGAGUACCUCGACACAAUCAUGCACGACGCCAGCAGCACGUCCUCAUCCGAUGGCAGAUCUGACGAUGAAGAGCGGCAGACGGCGCCUCAGUUGGACAGCUCCUCUCGGCACAGCCUGUUUCAGCUCGACCCUGACCGGCAUCUGGCGUUGAAGCAGCUCUUUGAGGAGCCCCUGCGAGUGCCGCUGCAUUGGUUCGCAAAGAAGGCGGCAGAAGGCGAACAGAUGGCCGCAAUAGCGCUCCUGCAGCUCACGUCAGCCACAGGCCUCCGCAGCACCAACGUCAAGACGCUCGGCGAGCACCUCGCCCGCCUUCUGUCCUCCGAAAAACCGGAGCACAUCCCAAUUGUCCCCCCUCAAGAGGAUGUCUCCCCCAGACGGCGGCGUGCUGUUGGGCUCACGGCGAGCAGCAAGUUCGGCAAAGCGCCGACGGUCCUUUUCGAAGCGCCCAAGCCGAAGCAGGAGGACGAGAGGGAGGCACAGAGGCUGCUGCGGUUCCUGGAGCUGGGGCUCAGGGGGUCGUGUCCACCAAGGAAUCCUCCGUUUGAGGUGACGUGGCCGAAUGUGCUGGAUCUGAUACUGCAGGAGGGUCUGCAGAGGGAGGCGAGGGCGGAGGCGACGCUGGGUGGCGAUGCUGUGGUGCGGCUGACGCAGCUGGGGGGGACCUUCUUCAAAUCCCAUGUGUCUGGGGCUCCUCCCUACGCGAGCAUUGAGCACUCAGUGAGGUAGGGACAUAUGGAUGUCCCCAUGCAAGCAGGACAUUGUAUUGUAUGGCACACACCGUCUGAAGUUCCGCCUCGUCUAUUGUAUUGCAGAGUUGCAUUCCCCGUUCGCCACCAUCCCACAAGCUUCCAUGUCCUCACGGCUGCACAGGACGGCAUCGUCACUCUAUGGGAACUCCGCGCUUUCCACAGCAAGGGGGCCCCGCCCACAGCUGAGGACACCAAAUCCCCUGCAGAGGACCGACAGAGCGAUGUCGUCUUUGAGCUGGUCCCGCACGGCCAGCUAACGCUCGUGCCGGCCUUUCCGUCGUAUUCGUCGCUCGGUGCGUCUCAAUAUGCACGGGAAGAGAAGGACAAGGCCCAGCAGAGGGAAGUGCAAGAAUCGCUGAGGCUCUCUGCCAAAAUGAGCGAUCUGGUCGUCCGUCGGCGGUACUCCGACAGCAAGCCGAAGGUGCGGGAUAGCCUCACGGGCGAGGCCAAGCGGCCGUCCGCAGCUGCGGUUGUGUCGCGAGGCAAGAAGCGUCCGACGGAUGGCCACGAUGAGGGCCCGCUGCGUGCGAAGCCGCGCAUCAGCCGGACAUUCACUUCGUUGAGCUCGGUGGAAAAGGUGACUGACCACUAUGCUCAAGGAUUUCAAUGCGGCACCACUAUUGCUGUGUCCAUCGGCCUCAGGAAGAUGAAACAGUGGCGGCCAGAUCAGCUUUUGAUCGCUUUGUGACCGUCCUGGGCGUCAAGAGAGCUUACAAGUCGUUCAAAGACAGGUAGGUAGGUAUGUGUGUGGCACUGCAGAUACAAUGUCGCCAUGUCUCCUGUGUCCUGAUGUGUCCUUCUGUCUCUCUGUCAGUCUGACUCGCAUUCGCGCGCGGAAGCAGAAGGGCGAUCUGACGGCAGCGGAGAGGCGGCGGCAGAAGUCGCUGUACACGGAGCACUCGCACCAGUGUGAGAUGCUGGAUCGCAUCAACAGGCUGCACGGCGACAUCCAUGGGCAGCUAUACCGAUGCAAGAAGGACCACAUGGGCGUCAUGCGCGAGGAGCCCCUGGACAUGCACCGCCCUGCACUGGCCGUCUUCCAGCACUCCAAACACAUCAAGGUAGUAAACCAGACAAUCAAUACCCAUUGCUUAAGAAUGGCGCCGUGUCACUUGAUGUGCUGUGCGAGUGCCUUUGCAGCUGCAUCCCGUGCAUGUCUUGGAGCCGUCUGAUCACAUGCGGCAUCUCCAGGCCAAGGGAAUCACACUGCCCAACGACCAGAGACUCGAAGACGUGGCUGCCUUCCUCACGGCGCCCAGCCGCGCCAGUGAGUUUGCGAAAGAGCUGGACAAAUGGUGGCAGAAGGUGGCCGCCAGGCUAGAGCUGCAGGAGAAGGUAAAGCCCUCGCCCCGCUCACCCAGAAGCCCAGCCAGACGAUCGCCGAGCCGGCUGUCAUCCCCUUUGCCCUCGUCGCCCCGCGGCCGCCGAUCCCCAUCCACCUUCACCCCCUCCUCUGCUGUCUUCUCCCCUCUAUCGCCCAGGUCACCUGCCGCGACCAAACCGCCGCCCGCAAGGCUACACGAGGCCGUCAUGCAUAUGGCAAGGCCAUUGUCCGGUCGGCAGAGCGUGUCUCCCCUGAUGCUGUCCCGUCGGAUGGUCUUACAGUGGGCGUCGAAGCGCAAACAGGCAAUGGGAGAGGCGGCCAGGGGGCGGGGGCUGUCGAUCCACCGUGGAGUGGAGGGACAUGCUGAUGGCGGCGAGACGGCACGGAGGGUCACCUUUGGGCAAGACACGUGUGAGUGGCGAUAGAUAGAUACUGUCUUACUCUCUCAUGUCUUGGCUGUCCGUAUUUGCAGCUUUACUCGGCGUGCGACGGUCUGCUGUCGGAAGCACGACGGGAGGCGAGGGUCUUUCCAUGUCCUUCGCGGCAGGUGCGCCGCGCCACUCCCGUCUGAGCGUUGUGAGGCGGCAAUCAGCGAGAUCGCCCGCAGCCACCACACACACCACGCCCGGCAGACCCCCCAGCCGCAUGGAGCAACAAAGCGGCGGAGGGGUGGCUCCCUGUGGCAAGGAAGAGGUGACUGACUGACUGACUGACACACCGUUAAAGCGAGACCUGUAGAUAUCGAUUCUCUGUUCGUUCUGUGGGGGUAGCAAACGGAGCGUCGGAGUAUGUUUGUGACGUCGAUGGCUGCUGAUCUGGUCAACAAGCGAGUGAUUGUCUCACUCGGUGACGGCCAUGUGGCCGUCUACCACCCAUUCAGACUAUUCGGCAGACGCGCACCGAGUGAGUGAAUGAGUGAGGGCUCACACCCACUCACAUCCCACAUUGCUGCCCUGCCACCUCUGUCUUUGUGCCUGUCAGGUCUGCAACCGACUCAGGUGUUUCGGACACUCAUAGAUACCGCCGGCCAGGCCAAGGUCUCCCAAUCUUUGGACACUGUUUCAACCUCAUCUCCCCCCUCACAUCAGCCCCGGAGGAGAGACGAGACGUCGGUGUCGGCUCGGCUGUCGAUGUCCGCCAUCCCCACCGUGCUGCACAUCCCUCAUGCGGAAGAAAUCCCGCGACCCUCCCAGGCAGAUCAUGCCGCUGCUGCUGAGGUGCGGGAGGCAGCUGGAGAUGAGGAGAAGAGGGGGACAGGCCGACAGGGAAGGGCAUCAAUGGCAGUUCACGGCGGUAAGGUGUCGCCAGAGGAGGAGGAGGAGAACAACAACCAAACAUAUGCAAAACGUAAGGGAACAGGUGGAGCACAAACAAAGGGAGUGACAGGUCGAAUGGUGCAGACGUCGCAUGUCUCCUCGUCACAGCACAAGAAGACCCGGCUCUUCAGCCCUUUCUGGACAACGUUGUGAUUGUCGGCUUCGAGCGGGGACGCGUGGCUUCCUACCGCAUCCUGACGCCACAGACAGCACAGACAUACCAGUCAAGACAGCCGCGACCGGUGUCGCCCUCCAGCCGCAACAAAGGGUGCAAGCAAACCUGGGGUCCGCAUCGGUCGUCGGUGGGCGGCCGUCAUGUGCUGACGUCAUGGGAGGAGCUGGAGACACCCAUAAUACAGAUGGAGGAGCCGAUCAUCAGACAGCACAGGUGCUGCACUCGCAGACAUGCAAACCUUCCAGACCGACCGACGGAGUGUGCGUGUCGGCGUGCUGUCUGCUGUGCAUGUAGCCUUCACAACGGGGCGGCGGUUGUUGCCGUAGCGUAUCGGAAGCAUCUGGGUGUCUUCUCUGCUGCAGCUGACGGGUCCGUCGCUGUUGUCAGCCCCGCGUUCGAUCCCCUCUGGACGCUGCAGCUCAGACAGAGAGACGGAACGGUCAACACACACACACACACACACGCAAGAAAAGGCAGACACACGUACUGUACACAGACAGGUGUCUCUCUAUCGAUCCCUUUGUUCCUUUGAGUGCAGCUGUUUCGCCUUCGGUCGUUUGACUAUUCGUUGUUUCACGACCUAGUGGCCGUGACAGACAACAGAGGAGAGCUCCAACUCUGGUCAGGCCAGGCCAGCAGCAGGGAGAGGCGGGGAGAUCCUCAGUCAGUAGUGAAUGGGUGUUUGCCUGCCUGUUGCCUGCCUGUCUGCCUGUCCUCAGGGCAGCGUCCACACAGGCUAAGAUAGCCGAGUCGGCCGACCCUCUAGCGUCGGGCCCUGACCGUUCCUCACCCGGCAACUCGGCGACUGUCUGCCUUGCCUUCGUGGGGCCUCUCAAGCAUGCACACCGGACACUGCUGACGGUGCAUGAGAGGGGAGUCGCAACGCUGUGGAAUGCGUAGGCAACAAAUCAAGGGUUGGCAGAGAGGGAGAAGAUAGCUAGCUGUGACUUAUUGGAUUUUGCCAGUAUCUGUCUGUCUGGCAUGUGUGUCUCAGAACAACACUCGAUCGCCUGCAAUCCUGCACGUACGCAGAUAUCAAGGCAUGCUUGUGAUUGUCAGUCCGUCGGUGCUGCUUUAUUCAUUACUUUCUUUAUCCAGCCUUCCUGACCUGCAAAGCGACCUGACCAACUGCAUGUACGACCGCAACACCGGGAUCCUGGUCCUCUUUGCCCGCACGUGCACCAUGUGGUUCAUGCACGAGCACGACGCCAUCCGCACCAUACCCACAACUGACCCCGUCGCGCCGUCAUUCGCCACCGAUGGCUGUCCGCCUGUGAGAAUCCCCGCAGCCAUCAACGCCAGCACACAGAUCCAGCUGGUGGCAGCACAGCCCACAGCGGCACCAUCGUCGGCGGAUAGCAGCGGCAUGCAUGCCGUCAGUGCACCACCUGAUCGGCAUAUGAGGGUGAGAGACACGAGGGAGAUGGAUGAAGGGGAAAGGGCAGCGGCGGGCGGUGUGCUGCCAUCGGAGACCGUGUCGAGCUCCAAGUGUGUCAGCUGGAGGGCAAGACAGCCGGAAAAGACGGCUGUGGCCACUUCAGAGAACCUCACUGUCUACCCACUUAAUGAACAACCGGGCAGAGGCGACGCCAAAGUAAGAGACGGCACGGGCGAGGUGCUUCCGCUGACGAUCGGCUCGCCCACAGCCCACCUUGCCGCGAUGGAUGUGGUUGGCAGCGGCGGGAAGGCCGUCGUGCUGUCGGUGGACAGCGAUGGGGUGGCUGUCGUGUGGGACAUGCUCACGGGCGUGCCGACAGUCACCUAUCUCCUUGCAGGACCGACUGACCCACCCAUCACAACGGUACGCACCACAGCACACACAUCGAAUUCAAAGGAGACACAAAGACUCGUGUCUCUCUCCCUCUCUCUCUUGUCGGGUGGGAUCAGGUGCUGUGUCCGCCCGAGUCAUCUGUGUUCUUCGUGGGGGACAUCAGCGGAGGUAUUAAGGCCUUCUCGGUCUUCUCGGGCCGCUGCCUCCGGUCUUUUCAGCUGCCGGCACUCAAGAGCAGCACAAUCCAGCCGCCAAGCAGCAAGGCACUGGACACAUCCUCCCCUCUCAAGAGAAGAACGACACGCUCGGUCACGUCUGGGUCCAGCGGCGGCAGGGAGACUGAUGUGGGAGGUGACAGGGACAGGCAGAAGGGACAGACACCGCAGGAGAGCGGCUUUGUGGCAGUGGCGUCGAUCACCUGCAGCACUUCUUUGCAGUCGACAGACUCGCCGUGGGGCUUCUGCGUGGGAUGCAAGGAUGGGUCUGUAAUCUUCUGUCCAUCCCAGUGGCUCGAGGCGGAGGGCGUCCAACCAAGCUCUCUCAAGCCAUGCAAGACGCUGCGCGCCCACUCAGCCACCGUCAGUGCUGUCCACUCUCUGAAGGCGUGCGUCAUUAGUGGCGACACCAACAACCAGCUGGUCGUAUGGCAGGCCCUCUCCGCCCCACAGCCGGUGCAGCACAUCUCUCUCGCUUCCUCUCUCUCCAGCCUAGCGAGCGGCGGCAAGGACCGAUCGCCGGCCAUGGCUACCCUUUUCGCCAGCGCCAUGGAGAAGGCCGCCAGCCCCACCAAGACACGACCGACAGAGGCACCUUCCCGCCGCAGCACGCGGGCACCGUCACUGGCCCCCGGCCAGGGGGGCAGGACCAAGAGAUUUGCUUCGUUGUCACGCAUGGCACUGCUGCCGUCGAGUGCAGACGAGCAGGCACAGAUGCCUCUACCGUGUGUGACGUGUGAGGUGACGGGAGAUGAGAUACCCCUGGAGCAUGAGAUUGCGGACAUCUUCGCCUUUGCCCCCGUCAAGGCAACCACACUCAGCCCAUCCCUCGAGCCUGGUGCCGAGCAUGCAACCAAAGGGCCUCCCUCGUUGGCUAGAGACAAGACACCGGAGCGUGUCUCACGGCUCUCUGACGAGAGCUCGCCCCGUUCGUCGCAAGGGCGGUCAUCGGUUAUCCCCCACUUCGACUCUCCGUUGUCGCUGCUCAAGAAGGGCAUGGCUGCCGGCGGACGUGACUCACGCUUCAGCUUCAUGUCCUUCACCAAGGCAGUCGCCGAAUGCCAGCGGGGCCGAGUGCCAGUGCCGUCCUCCCGCAGAGCCACUGAGCGGCCGAUGUUGUCUAUUGUGCCUGAAGACACACAGCGGCAGGACAAGGACAAAGUGGGCGAGAAGGUUUCGCUGACAGCCACUGAGCGCCUCAUGCUUCAGGCGAAGACGAUGCAAACAGACGACCAUGCCAGCAGCCGCAAGAGCAGCCGCGUCUCCGUUACCAUUGGACAGCAGCACCAUGGCGAGCACGCCUUCGACAUGGUGCGCAGGUUUGUCGGUGGACAGCAGCUGCCUGGUGCAAGCGGAGACAAGGGCGGCAGAGGCGCCACGUUCCCGGGCGAGCUCUGCUGUGUGGUCCUGUGGCGGUGCGGCAGUCUGGGUGUAGUCAAGACGGGCGUCACAGCAAACACAGCCACAGCUGAUGGUGCCAGCGGCAGGGCCGGUGUGGUGUGGCGACGCACGUGCUGCUGCCCGCCACAGUCGCUAUGGGCAUGGGACGCCCUCACGAGCACGGUGCUGAUAGUCGGGCUGAAGGGUCAGGCCAGCCUAUGGAAGGGCCCCGAGCCACAGAUGGCACGAGAGAGGUCCUUCCAGCUCCCCCCACCUCCCUGCUCGCCUCCCCUGCCACAACACGCUGCCGACGCAGGCCAAAAGCGGCUGCUGCCAGUGAGCGGCUUCGCUGCCGGCGCCAAAGCCCAGCCGUCCGAGGAAGCUUCGCUGUCUUCUUCAUAUGUGGCGAUGAGCGUGGUUCACAUCAAGCGGACGCGGCUAUUCGGAGUAGGCUACUCGAACGGGUGGGUGCAGGUGGUGAACAGCCAUGGGGAGGUGAUUGCGGUUGUGGGUGCCCCGCCUGGCACACCUGUCGCCGAGCGGCAUAAAUGGCCGCCGGAGAGCUUUAUGAAGGACUACCUGCAGAGGCGUGGCAACCAGCUUUGGAGAGCCGCUCUACAAUUCCGACUGAAAAGGCAACCGACCCAACAGAAGAAGCCGUCUCAACUUAAUUGGUUGUCUGCAUGUCAUGUCUCUCUCGUGUGUCUUGAUUGUGUGGUCUUCAGUGGGUCUUCCUUCUCUCUUGGCAAGCGGCUCGCAGAAGUUGUCUCAGAGGCCAAAAUAAAGCGCCAGGAAGAUGGGCGCCGCGCACGCGAGAUGAAGGAGAGGCGUAAGCUAAAGCGGCUGUCACAAGCUGCCCAAGACAAGGAGGCCUCGUUUGCCCAGCCAACCACCGCCCGUCCGCAGCCAGCCUUGCCCCCUCCCCCACCCGUAAUGCCCCAGAGCCUGCGUGACAAGAACGGCCGCCGUCGUUUGUCGACGGCGCCAUCCGUAGGUACCGUGAUAUCGGCGGCCAGAAGGGAAUCCAAGAAGAGACACCUGACCACCAGCAUUGUGGCCAAGAUUGCCAAGAUUGCUCAAGCCUCGCUGGGAGAUGAGGCUGUGUCCCGUAAAGGCAGCAGGAGUGGCAGCAGGGCCGGGUCGAGGAGGGGGUCAAUUAGCAGGGCUGCGUCGAUGGCCUCGGUGUCGAGUGGAUCGUCGGAUGGUGACAGGUGAAGGACAACUAAUGCCUUUGGCGAUGUGCAUUUGUUCAGCGUGUGAUGGAGACAUACAUUUGUACGUCUGUCUGUGGCUUUGACCUUCUUGGUGGUAUGGGCGUGUCCAUUGCGUUCAUGUAAUUUAUUGUCAAU